AUGAAAAAGGAACGUAAAUCUUUACUUUCAGGUUUGAGACCACAAAUCCUCAAAAUUCUAGAGGUAGACGAAUGUUUGCAACAUUUUAAAGAAUUCUGUGUAAAAGCUCACACCAUAGAAAGUUUAGAUUGCAUAUUAGAGAUCAAGAAUUUUAUGGAAUCAGAUGAAAUUCUCUCUGUGAAGCAGAAUAGAUUGAAUACCAUAUGUAAAACCUAUGUACUGGGCAAUUCGGAUGUCAAUAUAAACGCAGAGAUGAGGAAUAAUUUACUUCGAUACAACAAUGAGACCAUUGAAAUCUUUACUGAACAAUACGAAACAAUUAGGAAAGCUCUAGAAAGUAUUAGAGAUGAAUUGAUUGGCAUUCUAGGUUGGAGAGUACCCCAUUUUGUUGAAAGUAAGCAUUGGCACGAAUUUACAUUGGAAUAUCCCCAAUUGUUGUCGUUGUGUCUUUCUGAGAUGGAUCAGAAAAAAUACGAAAGCAUCAGAUAUAGAAAGGAAGACUUCCUCAGAGAUAGAUUUUCAGAGAAGGAAGUACUGCUGUGUGAAUUUAUGAAAGACGAUCAAUCAAUGUUCAAACUUGAGAAGUCAGAUCUGGAUGGAUGUUUGUCAGUUUUUUCAUGUGAUGGUUCUGUUUUAUUAGAUGAAAAAGAUAUUGGAAUGGGCAAAUUUCAGGGUUUUAAGGUUGCUGGAUCACUACCUUAUCCUUCAUGGUUGAUUAUAUUGGCCUUAUCUAGCAGUAAAUUCCAUGCAGGUACUUGGGAAGGAUAUCGAUUUGAUAGAGAGUAUGAUUUCAGAUUUAUUCCUUCCUCUGAAGAGAAUGGUCAACUAUUUUAUGACACCCACAUUUCAAAGCUUGUUGUGAAGUAUACUAAAUUAGCAGAGCACCGUUCUUGUUAUUGUAUGACUGAAAAUUUGUACAAGUCUAACAGAACGUAUAUGGUUAAUAAGUCAAUUACACCACAAGCUGGUAGAUAUGUGCCUAAUUAUUAUGAAGAGGAUAUUAAUCAAGAUAUAUUUGGAGAAUAUGAAACACUGCAUUCACCACUUGGUGAUAAUCAAUCCUUAUUCUCCUAUGGCAAUCUUACUAAUCCAGGUGGUAUGUUACUAUCCAAACUAGGCACUCCUCAAAAGAGAUUAUUAGAUAUUGCCACCACUUACAGAGAAAAUAUAAUAGGUAAUAUUAAGAAAAUAUUGGAAAAUGAUGGACGUAUCUUGAAAACUAUGGAAUCUGUGUAUAGUACAGUUAAAACCAGAUUGGACAGAUACAAAAUUGCUUCUAAAUCUACUGAUCCUCAUAUAUUUGAAUUAUCAUUCGAAGAACAAUUAAAAAAUUUAGUGAUUCCAAAAGAAUAA